UAUAACCAGGGCUGCCAGGGCGAUGAGCCCAAACCUGCUUUGAGCCUUCACUGCGAAGAGACUGAGCCCGCACCCUCCUGCACAAUGACACUGACCCAGGCUGAGAAGGCUGCCGUGGUCACCAUCUGGGCAAAGGUGGCUACCCAAGCCGAUGCCAUUGGGGCAGAAUCCCUGGAGAGGCUUUUCUCCAGCUACCCCCAGACAAAAACCUACUUCCCUCACUUUGAUCUCAGCCAAGGCUCAGCUCAGCUUCGUGGCCACGGCUCCAAAGUCAUGAAUGCCAUCGGGGAAGCUGUGAAGCACAUUGAGGACAUUAGAGGCGCCUUGGCCAAGCUCAGUGAGCUGCAUGCUUACAUCCUCAGGGUGGACCCAGUGAACUUCAAGCUGCUUUCCCACUGUAUCCUGUGCUCCGUGGCUGCCCGCUAUCCCAGUGACUUCACUCCAGAAGUUCAUGCUGCAUGGGACAAGUUCCUGUCCAGUGUUUCCUCUGUUCUGACUGAGAAGUACAGAUAAACGGCCUCCACUGAGGCUGAGGGGUGCAUAUCGAUGGUGCGCCCCAGCUGCCAGGCUCUGGGGUAUUCACCCCUUCCUGUGCAGUCCUCUCAAAUGCCCUAUGCAGGGGCUUGGUCAUCUGCAAAACUCAAUAAAUUUGAAUGGGAGCUGUGGUCUCUGUGCUUACAUCUCUGUGUGUUCCACCUACACCUUGCUGUUCAGGCAAGGGUGUUCCAAAAUGUCUACACAAUACAGAGAGGAAAACACUAAGCUUUGUAAAUUCAUGUACUAAUGAAUUUGCAUCCUAAUUCAUGGGCUAAGCUGUGUAAAUUCAGUGGGAAUAACAUAAUGUUUGGUGGGAAUAACAAAACAUUGAGCAGAAGCCCAGAACAUGCUAGAGCCCUGUGACAGCUGCUGCUCACCAAGGUAUAUCCACCAAAGGCUGUUUCCAGGCUGACCAGGAAACAGUCUUUUACCCGGCUAGGAUAUUGAAUGGACCCAGGUUUUUUGUCUGACCUAUCCAAAACCCAUCACAGCCUGUUGUGAGCAAAACCUGCAUUACCACAUGUUGUGAUAUGCUCAGAGCCAUGCUUAGUGUUGUCCACAUGCUCCUCUCCAUGGGGUAUGGGCAAGGUAUCUGAUGCUCUUCAUGAGCACCUUGAGCUAUCACACCUGCUUGGUAAAGGGACCAUCUCCUCAGCUUGACAUCUCUUAUUUCUGUAUGGGGAACUUUACAUGCAUUUGAAAUCUGGGAAUAUUAGCGGCCACUGGAGAUCAGUGUUGAUGGCAUCUGGGGGUCCACAGAUUCCCAGGGUUUCUCUGGAAAGCAGCAACAGGAAAGAGUACAGAACUGCUGGUCGCCCUGUGGGGAGCACAGGGAUCCUCCGUAUGUACCUGUGGUGGGUUAACCCCGGUGGGCAGCUAAGCACUACACAGUUGCUCAGUCACUUGCCCCCCUCAGUGGGAUGAGGGAAAGAGAAGAGGAAGAAUAAAAGCAAGAAAUAUUUGGGGUCAAGAUCAAUCAAACAAAAAGAAAUAAUUGUUUAAUAAUUGAGGUAUAAGUGGAGGAAGAGGGAAGAAAACAAAACAAAAGAGGUCAUGCAAAAGCAAUCACUCGAUGCCUCCCAUAAGUAGACUGAUGCCCAGACAGUUCCUGAGCAAAAAAAAAAUACGGGUAAUCCUCCUAAAACUCCCUAAAACCCCUUUUUUCCCCUUUGAUUGCUGAUCAUGGUCUUACAUGUUAUGAAAUACCUCUUUGGUUAGUUGGGGUCAUCUGCCUGGACAUGCCCCCUUCGAGUGCAUCGUGCACCCCAAAAUCUGUUCCCUGGGGGUGGCAGAGUGAGAAGCAGGGACAGUCUUGAUGCUGUGCAAAAACAGAGCAUGAAUUCUGGGACUGUUUGGUCAAAAAUCUAAAACACAGCAGCGCCGUGUGGAGAUCUUUGAAGAAAACUAUUUAUCAGGUUCCGUUCACUGCCCAUGCCUGUCUCAGAGGACUUGUGACAUGAAGAGGUGAGUGCAAAGUCUUAAGUGUACUCUGAAUGACAACCUGGACUGGCACUGCAAACUGUGGCCCUCGUCUCAUUUACAAAAUUUAGGGACUGUGUUUGGGCAAGGGGGAGAGAGGUGGUGUGGCAGCUCCAAAGCCACCAGAUUGCUCUAAACAUGUCACCCAGCAUACCACAGCAGUUUUAAAACAUUCUACAUUUGUGGGUCUCAGAUAGCCUGAACAUUAAAUUCCACCACUGACCUGGCAGGUCAGCAUCUGGUGUGUCCCUAACCCCAAAUUUGUACCAAUGACUUGAGCUGAGCGAUGGAUGUGACAGUCACCAGCUGCCCCGUGCCCUGCAGGAUGUCCCAGCAUUUACGGGGACCGGCAGAGGCACAUGCUGGCACAGGAAGAAGGGAAGAAGCCCAGGGCUGGCAAGCACCAUGGGACAGACAUCAGGAAGAACGUGUGCCCAACAAGGAGGCUCUUCCCCACCCAGGUUUCUCCAGGCUGCUGGAGAGAUGGUGUUUCCCAUGGCAGAUCCCCAGCGCGAUCUGGGAGGGCUUGUUCAUGGCUCCUGCUCAGAGACCCAGGGGCUCGUCGGACAGAGUGAGUCUGGAUGUGCAGGAGGACACGAGGGGCCGGGGACACGUGUGGGACCCAUCCUGACACCCAUGAGGCCGGGGAGGACCCUCGGGAUAGCAGACCUUAAUAGAAGGCUGGAGGACAUGCCAGCCAGCGAGGCCAAGGCUGUGGCACCCAUGGGACAUGUCCGUGGCUGCCAUUGACAGUGGGGCAGCCCGGCUGGGUGCUGCUCCCAGCCCCAAGCCUGGUGUGGGGCUGGGGCAGUGGGGGAGGGGCAGGGCACCGGGCCCCCUUGGGGCCCCCUCAGGGCUGGGGCCCCCCAAGACAGUGGGGCCCCCCAGGGCAGCACAGCGGCCGUUCCCUAGGCCCGGUGCUGCAUGGCCGCGGCCCCUCCACCCCUCGGCACUGAUAAGAUAAAGCUGGGGUGGAGGUGCUGGCUGCUAUAAGAGGGUGUCCCCAAGGGCAGCGCUGCCACCGAGACCUGCCCACCACCCCCAGCCGCCACCAUGCUGACCGCUGAGGACAAGAAGCUGAUCCAGCAGGUCUGGGAGAAGGUGGCUGGACACCAGGAGGACUUCGGAGCC